AUGUCGUGGUAUCCACCCCAAGCGUCGCCGGGCGCGAAGGUGUUGAUGCGAAACUUCCCAAAGAGCUGGGUGUCGGAAGGUGCCCGGGCAGGACUCCCAGCCCGAGUCCACAAGCUCCUGUCGCGCUUCGGGGCGCUUCAAGGGGAGCCGGAGAUUUUCGAUGGCGGCUUCGAUGUGUCAGCGGUGACUGCCAUUGCUUGCUUCGAGACGGUCGAAGCUGCUCAAGCAGCCGUCCAGACGCUCUGUGGCGCCGACAUGCGCACCAACACUGAGAAAAAGGCUGCUGGCAACAAGCCGCCGCAGGACUCCGAGCGUUUCUGGGCCCAGCUCAAGGCGGCCCCAGCGCCUGCAGCGCCUCCUGUGCAGGCUCCAGCUCCUGCCGUGGCAGCGCCUGCAGCGCCGCCUGCGGCGCCUGCGUCCCGUUCUCCACCGGAAGCUUCUCGCAAGCGGCCUGUGGCGCACGUGCCUCAUGGAGAGACAGAGGAGUCCCACAUCCUUGUGCGCGGCUUUCCCCCGAGCUGGAUUGAGCCACAGGUCAAGUACCUCUUCGUUGUGUUUGGUGGCACAUCCUCGGUGGUCUUCGUUCCGGACCCUGAGUUUGGACGAGCUGCCCAAGUAACGCUGAAAGAUGCGGCGCAACUGGCGAGAGCAGCAGACUCCCUGAACGAGACUGACGUGGGAGAUGGUGACGUGAUAGAGGAGUGCCACAUCUUCUGUUCGCACGUCUUGGGCAGACACGAGCAGCAGCGCCUGAAUGAACAGGAGCAGCGCCAGCGAAAAGCAGAGGUCAAAGCGGCGGAGAAGGAAAAGAAACGUGAGGAGAAAGAGCGUAGACGCCGCGAGAAAGAGGAGAAGAAGAAAAGGCAAGCGGCAGAGCAGGAACGGAUACAUGAGGAGGAGCGCUUGAGGCAGGAGGCUGAAGAGAGACAGAGGCAAGACGCCGCAGAGGCGGAGCGUCAGCGCCUGGAGGCGGAAGAAGAGGCACGUUUGAAGCGUCAAGUCGAAGAGGAGGAGGAGCAGUUUAGGAGAGAAGCCGAAGAGGAAGAAGAGCGCAUGCGGCAAGAAGCAGAGGAAGAGGAGGAACGCCUCCGACGAGAGCAGGAGGAGAUGGAGGAGCUCCAGCGACGAGAGGAGGAGGAGCUCCGGCGGCUGGAGCGACAGGAAGCCGAGGAGGCUCAGCGCCGCCGGCGAGCCGCAGAAGAGGCCGAGCAGCGCAUGCGGGAGGUGGAGGAACGGAGACGAAGGGAGGCAGAGGAGGAGGAGGAGGAGGAGAGAUUUCGAAGAGAAGCCGAGGAAGAGGAGGAGCGGAUGCGACUAGAAGCCGAAGAGGAGGAGAGGCUGAGAAGGGCUGAGGAAGAAGAGGAGCGCCUCCGACAGGAAGCCCAAGAAGCCUUGGAAGAAGAGGAACGCAAUGCUGCCGAGGCGGCACGGCUGCGAGAGCAAGCUGCGGCCGAGGAGGAGCAUCGCAGGCAGAUGGCUGAGGAGAUUCAGCACCAGAUGCGUCUCAAGGCCGAAGAAGCUGUGCCAACGGACGAGGACAACGAGGACGUGCUUCCAACCCGGCGGCGCGAACGACGGAAUCUUCGCUCCAGAAGUCGGGACAGCCACGAAGCAGCAAAGCGAAAGAAGAAACAGAGGCGGAGCCCAUCGAGAAGCCGUGCGCGGCGCAAGGAGCGGAAGAAGAAGCGAAAGAAGUCGGUCUCCAGAUCUAGAAGUAGUCGAAGUGGCAAUCAUGCCCAGCCUCGCCGGAGUCGUGGCAAAGGGCGCAAGGCGAGUUCUGCUUCCCAGUCUCAGAAGCAGGACAAGGAGGAACGGAUGCACAUGGAAGCUUCCAGCAACGGUGUGCCUCCUGGCUACCAAGCCAGCGAGAUACCAGCGAGUCUUCUGGUCCCUCCUCCUGGAGCUGCUCAGCCAAUGAACCUGCAUGGAGGACUGCAGGCUGUCGACGCCCCGCCGGCACAGCCACCCGCGUUUCUAGACCAAGCAGCAUUUCUCGGUCUUCUUCAGGAAGGCGUUGCCGCCUCGCAUCCUCCUUUUGCAAAUCACAGCCACCUACUUGGAGCUCCACCCCCACAGGAGCCUCCCCCAGCUCCGCACGAGCCACCCCCGACUCCACCCCCGGCACCACAGGAACGAGCAGAGCAAGCAGAGCAAGCAGUGCAAGCGGCGCAAGCAGUGCAAGCAGCUACAGCAGCUGCAUCCGAGCCAGCGUCAGCAGAGCCCGCUCUGGCAGCACCCCAGGUGAAAGCUUCAGCGCGAGGUGCAUUCACGAUGGCUUGGGGUGCGGCCCCUGCACGCAAAGCCAGCCCUGCUGUUCCGGCGCCGGUUAACUUGUACCAGCAGCAGUUUGCUCAAUGGCAGCAGCAGCAGCAGCAGGUGCAGGAGCAGCAUCGCAGAGACUUGGAGCGUCAAAAGCGGGAGGAGGAGGAGUUGAAGCAGGAACUGCAGCAGCAGCUACUUCAGCAGCAAGCCAAGGCGGAGGAGGCGGCCAGGGAGGCGGAGCGCCGCGCGGAAGAGGCCGCAGAGGCCGAGCGCCUUGCCCUGGAGGCCGAGCGCCUGGCCAAGGAAGAGGAGGAAAAGAGGCAAAAGAGACAGGAGGAGGAGAGGAGAGAAAGGGAGCUUCAGGAGGCCGAGGAAAGAGCAAAGCAGGCAGAGGAGAGGCAGCGGAUCAUGCAAAUGUGGCAGCAGGAGGCAGCUGGCCAGGAGGCAUCGGGAAUGAGGUCGGCACAGCAGCCGCAGCCAUCUGCCGACCAGCUGUCCGCACAUUUCUGGGGUCUACCGGCAACUGCGUCCGCACAGCCGUUUUUCGCGCAGGGACACCUGCAGCAUUUCAUGGACCAGCGAGUCCCACCGCAGAAUGCAGCAGCAGCAUCAGCCUCGCACCCCGGCGUGCCUCAGCCAUUUUCGCCACACCUCUUGUCACCGCACUUGCCGCAACAAACUGCAGCAGGUGGGUCUGGGCCUUCUGCGCAGCCUGGAGACGAACAGGACCGCGAUGACCUGACUGAGGCCUCGGAGCCCGGCGCCUCACCUGAGGUCCCGGAGAACGACGACGCUGACACAGAGGCUCCAACGGAAGAAUCUGACUACGAUCCCUUCGCUGGUGCAGCAAGUGCAGCGCAGGCCUCCCGCCCACCAGCACGUGAGAAGGAUUACAAUCCUUUCGAGCAGGCAGAGAGAGACGCGGCAGCUGCCGAGGAUGACGAAAACGAUGAGGGAGCGUUUGAAUCGCUCAUCGAAAUGCUUCGAGCAGCUGAACGGGGGGGCGGCUCAGCCUCUUCCAGGUCUGCUGACCCUGCGCCUGCACCGCAGGCGACGCAGGAUUCGCGACCAACGGACACAGGUGAGGAGCACUUUGCAAAGGCCAAAGCCAAGCCCAAGACCGAAUACCACUUUAACCGCGCCACUCAGCGAUGGGAGCCAAAGGCUGCGCCGCCGUCGCCUCCCAAGCAAGAGCCAUUCCGCCCUGGCCCCGCCAUGCCGCGACAACGGCCGCAAUACCAGCAGCAGGUCGUGCCACCACGGCCCAUGGCGCCGCAAGCGCCGCAAGCACCACCGCGGAGGCUCGUCAUCGCGGAGUGCGAGGCGGAAGCACGGGCGGAUGCCGCGCGUGGCAGCUGCAGCGUGGCGCAGGCCCUUGCUGUGCGCUUGGCCCUGCGCUUCGAGUCCAGACCGAAGGAUAUCCUGGUGAGCAUGAGUGAAGCUGGCCUUCCCGCUGCCAAAGACCAGCGCUCCACGGUGAAGACCAUCAUGAGACUCUGCCACCCAGACAAGUGUAAGCAUCCCGAGGCCAAGCGAGCAAUGCAGAUCUUGGGACCUCUAUUGUCCUGA